AUGUCGCUUGAUGAGUAUCUACAGUUUGGCCGCUCAGGCAUUCGUGUCUCGCCGGUAGCUCUUGGAGCUAUGACAUUUGGUUCCAACUCUGGAUUUGGAGUUGAUUUCGAAGAGUCACGCAAGGUGUUUGACCAUUACUACGAGCAAGGCGGCAACUUUGUCGAUACCGCGAACGUCUACAGCAACGGCGACUCGGAGCGCUACUUGGGUGACUUGAUUUCUGACAAGCGCAGCGACAUUGUGUUGGCAUCCAAGUACACAGCCAAUCCCAAGGUCGGCGCAAAGUUUGCUGGUCUGGAACCUGGUCGUAUAAACCCAAAUGGCGGCAGUGGUCGGCGCUCCCUCGCCGAAUCCAUCGACGCUAGCCUGAAGCGCUUGCGUACAGGAGCGCUAGAUAUCCUCUAUAUGCAUGUAUUUGACUGGUCCACACCUAUUGAGGAAACCAUGAGGGCACUUGACGACGUUGUUAGGUCAGGAAAGGCACACUACGUUGCAAUCUCUGGCUCACCAUCUUGGGUUGUUGCAAGGGCAAAUACAAUUGCCGAACUGCGCGGCUGGACGCAAUUUGUUGGACUGCAGACCAAGUACAGUCUGCUGGAGCGCUCCUACGAGUACGACCUCUUGCCCAUUGCUGCAGAAUUUGGCAUGGCGACAGUGCCGUGGGGUAUUCUUGAUUCAGGCUUCUUGACAGGCAAGUAUGAGCGCUCAACUGCCAAGGACCUGCAGGUGACAAGCCUGCGCACGGCGAUUGUCAAGAAACAGACUGAGGACGACAAGAACUGGGAGAUCCUGGACGAAGUCAAGGCGAUUGCUCAAGAGAUCGGGCGCACGCCAGCACAGGUCGCAACGAACUGGACUCUGCAGCGUCCAGGAAUUACAUCGAUUCUAGCUGGUGCAAGAACCGUUGACCAGCUCCAAGGCAAUUUGCAGGCUCUCGAGUUCACGCUUACUCCCGAGCAGAUCGCACGCCUCGACACUGUCAGUAAGCCCGAUUCCAGGUGCAUACCUUUCACAGCCAGAGAGUUUAUGAACGGUGGCUGGGAGCAAACCUUUCAGGCUGGCAAGUCGAAGCCCGCUCCGCGUUUUCAGUUUACGCUCGGAUGCUGA